UACAACGAGUGUAAAGCUUCUCCAAUGUUGUCAUUUUGAGAUUGCAGCGCGGUUUGUAGACUAUUGUUGAUGUCAAAGACCAGUCAUUUCCAACCCACAUGUAGAACAAAGUCUCACUGUCUUAUUGUCAUAAUUUUAUUGGUCGUAUUAGAGACGGAUUCAUAGAAUCAUGAGUAAAGUGCAAGGUGGGAUGAAAUGCGUGAAAUAUCUCCUUUUAGUUUUCAACUUCAUAUUCUGGCUGUGUGGCUCGUUGGUGUUGGCAGUGGGAUUAUGGCUGAGGUUUGACCCAAAGACAGUCCAGCUCCUGAAUGGAGAGGGAGCCCCCGAGACCUUCUUUAUAGCUGUGUACAUCCUGAUUGGUGCAGGCGGGGUCAUGUUGCUGGUGGGAUUCUUUGGUUGCUGUGGAGCUGUGAAGGAGUCACAGUGUCUUCUUGCAUUGUUCUUUGCCUUCCUUCUUGUCAUCUUUGGUGCAGAGGUUGCUGCAGGUGUGUUUGGAUUCAUGAGCAAAGACAAGAUCAUCAACGAUGUUCAACAGUUCUAUAGUGAAUCUAUUUCAGAUAAUUCUGAAAAUUCCAACAGCACUGCUGUAGCUGAAAUUUACCACACUGUUCUGAAUUGCUGUGGUGUCUCCAUGCCUUUGUGUCCUGAUGCUGAUGAAGACACAAAGGACUGUCUGAAUGCAAUAAUGGGCUUUUUCAAUGAAAAGCUCUACAUUAUCGGAUAUGUGGGGAUUGGUGUAGCAGGAGUAAUGGUCAUUGGUAUGAUCUUCAGUAUGGUCCUCUGCUGUGCAAUUCGAAACAACAGGGAGGUGAUCUAGAAAGAUCCAGUAGCUCAUCCCUUCCCACCGUGCAGGCCCAACACAGACUCACCAGUCCCUUGUCCCAUCCUCAUUCAGGCAUUGUGAUUACAUCACAUCUGGGCUGGAGGAAAGGGGAGCCUUUUAAAAAAAAAAAACAGAAACAUACAAGUCCAUGGGGUCAAUUUGGUGGUGUGGGUGUGAUAUCACACACCCAGAAUAUCACCAGGAUUUCCCCAUCCUCUAGACAGAGGCCUGCACUGUGUGGAGCCAGACAAUCUCUCUUUCCUCUGGCAUCUCUGUAAACUAAAUAUCUGGUCCCUCUCUGCGCUCCUCCUCUCCAAGCACAACAUGGCUCAGGAUUUGGAAGUACUCUGAGACAUUCCCCAUUUUCCGCAUCCUCUUCUAACACUGCUAGCAUUCCAUGUACUUGUAACGUCUUCUUUUUGACGAAACAAUGUGAUGGCAGAGGAGCAUUGCUGUAAAUACAAACUCCUUUUUUUGUGCUGUUUUUAAACUUUUUAUUCAAUGUCUUUUGGUAAUUUCAGCUUAAAAGGGCAAUCAGCAGUUGAAACAAUAACAAAGUGUGUUCCCCACCCGUUUCGGUAAAAAGCUGAGGCAUGGGGCUGAA